AUGACAUCCUUCAAGAUGAACAAGGCCGUUCUCGGCAAUCUUGUUAAGGAAUUCCGCGGAAAAGUGAGCGCGGAGCACGUCAGAGAGGCGCUGAGCGAGGCCAACGGCCGCUACGCACUCGCCAGAAGCGUGCUGCUCCGGAGGACCAAUCAAGUCCAGCAGGUAAUCACUUUUUAACUAAAAGCAAUACAAAUUCUAAACGUUUCAUUUUUCAGACUCGCGAAGAGUGCACAAUAGUGCUGGAGAGCCCAGCGAGAGCCGAAGCGAAAAAGCGGCAUUUGGAGGAAAUCAACAAGUUCCAUGUGAGUUUAGUUUUCCUCAUUUUUCUAGAACAAAUUUCUGAAAGAAUCUAUUUGAGAAAUAGAAAAAAGUACAUCCUAAAGUAAAUAGUUUUUGGAGAAUUUUCAUACUCAGUUUUGUGCAGCCACUUUCUGGACUACUGUAGUUCUUAGCAGUAAAUGAUUAGUUUUCAAUGUAAACUUCCAAGAGCUACAGUAGUCCUGUAAGUGGUCGCACAAAAAAGUUGUCAGCUGCUAAAAUGUAGUUUUACAUAUGGAGAUUUACCAGAAAAUGUUUGUAUAGCUCUAGAACUCAAAAUUUGCUUUUUUCAUCGUUUUUUUUGUAGAAGCUCAAAAAAUCGCUGACCGGCGAUGAGCUGCUCCGUUUGGAGCAGCAAAUCGACCGCAAAGUGAUCGAGUGGAACAAAAAGAACGAGCUCCGUCCCAAUUACUUUGAUUGCCACGGCAUGACAAGGGGCGGAGCCGUUCUUUUCGCGAGAAGGAUGCUGGAGCGCCACGCGGACAGGACGCUCGAGCACAAAGGUAAAUUUUUUCUUGCAAUUACAAAAAAUUUUAUUCAAAUUUCAGUGUUCGAAUUCGAGACGGGUCAAGGACACCACUCGAAGGACAAGGUCCCAGUGAUCAAGGAGGGAUUGCUGGGACUGUUCAACGGAUCCGCGCGGUGCCGGGCUGUGCCGAAACAACACAACCCGGGAGUGAUCGUCGUCACGUUUUGCUAG